CGGUUACCUUGGGAGCCGAGAAACUAGCCAGACUUCACUCCCCUCUCUGCCUCACAACUGCUGGACCCGGACAGGGACCGUCGGAAUGCAGUGUAUUUACCUCAAUGUGUAGUCAGGGACGCCUUGUUUAAUUCAUAGGAACCCGUCGUUUUGUAUUUUUGGAGGAGUUUAGCAUGCGACCCGUUUUGUUCUGGUGUAGGUAAGCUGGAGUGUCGCCAUGUCUCAACAACCACGAGCGGUUCAACUCUCCGCUGCCUCGCUCGCGCUGGUUUUCGGCAGGGACGAGGAUAUCUCGCGCACCGGCGGGAAAGCUUCCGCCACCACGGCUGCGGCGAGUGGCCAGGAUGUCUUUGCCGACUUCAGGUCUCAAAACCUUCGCAGUUUUUGGAAUAAGAGACUCGUCAAGGCCGUGGCCGAAGUGAACUUUCAGGGAUGGAUGGAGAAUCUGGUCCUUUUUCUCCAAGGAAACGCCAACAACUUAGAGGUGAUAAGAGAGGCAUGGAUGCGCCGGGCACUCAGGUCACCAAAAGGCUUCGUCCUCAAAGCUGUUGGUGACUUGUCCCCCAUCCAGAUGUUGCCUGUCUCGCAAUCCCAGUUUAUUCCCCUGGCUGAGGUGCUGUGCUCGGCCAUUUCAGACAUGAACUCAUCCCAAACCACUGUCUCCCAGGAAGCACUCGUCAACCACAUGAGCAAAGCCCAUCCAGGAAUGACCAUCCCCACUCAGGACAUCCUGUACAACGCACUGGGCGCGCUGAUCAAGGAGCGCAAGAUCUACCACACGGGGGAGGGCUACUUCAUCGUGACGCCGCAGACCUACUUCAUCACCAACAGCCUGGUCCGGGAGAAGAAUUGGUGGGCCUCGCCCUCGGGGGACGACCCUCCCUCCCCGCCCCCCAUAACCUACUUGCUGAGCAACGAGGCCUGCGAUGUGGACAGCGCCCACGCCCCCCUGGUGGCACACUGCAAGUCCUGCAGCUGUUUCGCACCCCCCCAUGCGACGGCUAACGUCUCCGCCACGCCGACCACCGCCGUGGCCGCCGUCCCGCCCUCCGUGGUUCCCGACGGCCACUCGACGGUCACCGUGUCUGUCAGCGAGUGCACGGGCAAGAGCUUGAAGUGGCCGCGGCCAUCGGAGCACAAGCCAACGCUGGUGCAUCAGUCCACCUCCACGGCGGCCGACUACCAGCCCAGUGAGCUCAGCAAGACCACGGCGACCACCAACGCCACCAGCCGCAAGGACAAGGACUGCAAGGACAGCAAGUCGGGGAGGAAGUUCGGCCUCAGUCUUUUCUGGAGGAACGGCGCGAAAAAGGAAAAGCCAAAGAAAGAGUACACCUCAUUCUCGGGUCAGUUUCCUCCGGAGGAAUGGCCGGUGCGGGACGAGGAAGACCUCAACAACCUACCUCGUGACCUGGAGCACGCCAUCAUCAAACGCAUCAACCCCGAACUCACCGUAGACAAUCUGACGCGGCACACGGUCCUCAUGAAGAAGCUGGAAGACCGAGGGGAGAGAGCGAUCGAGAAGGUGCAGGAGAGAGUCGUUGACAAGGGGGAGCGGGUGGACAGAGGCGUGGAUAAGGGAAUCUCAACCGAAAUCCUGACCGUUUCCAAACCCCGGCACCAUCAGUCAUCACGGGGGGCCGGGGUGGGCAGGAGGUCGGUCCCCAAGGCUUCCCGCAGCAAGCGGAGGCCUUACUCCUCCAGGGAGAAGAACAGGGAAAAGGAGAAGGAGAGAGCUAGGAACAAGACCCUAUGUGAGGACGAAUACCCUGAGGAGGGAGAUAUCGUCCCCUCUCGACUCCAACCAGACAUCCACGCGGAGGAGCCGGAGCACCUGGAGGGAGCCAGGGCUGGGGCUGACGAGAAGUGUGUGUAUAAAAAGCGCAUCAAUAACCCUUUCCACGCUCAGCCAAUUGUUGACACUGCAACCCCGGCAUCAAUCACCACCAAUUGCCAGAGAACAAUCGCCAACAACAAAGGGCAUAGGAGGCGGGACACAAAGGAGAGCCGGACAUCGGUGGCAGGGAGGAAGGAGCGGACAGGGCUCCGUUCCAAGUCAUGGGAUCCACAUCCAACCAAAGUUAUUGUACCGGACACGCAGCAUGCAGGUGAAUCCUGCACACCCAAUGACAAAUAUGCCUGUCUCCGCGAGGGGGAACUGGCCGCAGAUAAUCACCUCCGGGCGGAUAUGAAGCUCAGCCGAGAGCUGCCCUCAGGCUACAGCGCAGUCUACCCUCAGAGCAGCACGCUUAGGAUAGACGACAAGCUCAGACACCAGACGGGGCCGGGCAACGUGGAGGCCAGGGCGUCGGAGGACGAACCCAGGCCUAUGCAUGAGCGGCAGGGCGGGGGUUCUGCAGACAGCCACAGGCACCAGGUGGAGCAGACGACGACGACGGCGGAGGUCCCUGCUCACAUCCUACCAUACUCUGAUGCCGAUGUCAUCCUCCCUACUCAUCCGUACGACACAGUGCUUAAAAUGUGUGAGCCGGCAGUACCUUGGACUAAAGCGAACGCUUCUCUUCAGCGGACACACUCCCUCAGGCACGCCGAGAAACAGGACGAUAACCUGCACAGGCCUGAUCUGCUCCACUCACACCAACAGCCGGGAGAUUUCGCCGCGAAUCGACGGCAACAGGUGGCCGAAGCCAACGUGGCCGUGAAAAGAGCACUGUUUAACAGGCCGGAGCUGGCUGCCGACAGCGGCUCCUUGUUGACAAACAGCCACGACUUUGAGGAAGAUGACCAACGGCUCUAUCAGGACGAAGAGGUGGACGAGGACGCCUGCAGCUCCUUGUAUUUGAACGAGGAAGAGAUGGUGGACGGCCCACCCUACGUCGCAGCCCUAGCUGACCAUCACAGCCACCAUGUGGUUUACCCGGACUACGACUCCGAUGUGCAGUACCAUAAGUUCCCCCGCGUUCAGACCCACGACCCCCGCCACUACCCGCCACCAGCCCAUCCCAGCAGGCAAGAAGAAUGGGGGGGCAGCAUGGCUCAUACAGACAGCUUCACUGCAGCCACCCAGGGGGAAAGCUCUCUGAGUCCCAACAGACUAAGGCAGAACAGCUGGAGCCAUCAACCUCACAGUCAGAUCAGUGGAUCCCCAGGGAUCCAGAGCGAGGCGGGCACCGGGCGAGCAACACUGCCCACCGUCGAGCCACGGCAGGGGGCCAGUGUCGGCCUAGACCGCCUGGAACCCCCCGAGCCGGCGGACAGCAGCAUCUUUGAUUACUGCCAGACGAGCGAGGUUGAAUCUGAUGCCGAAACCGUACGGCGGUCUGUCGGCGAGGGGGACGGCGAGUCUGCUCACUGGGGGGCGGAGCUGGAGCAGGAAGCCACCGAGGAGCAACAGGAGAGGGUGUUGGUGAACGGAACCCCUCAGAGCCAUGUGGUCAGACGGAGCAUGCCCAGUGGAGCCGGCGGCGACAUGGGGGAGAUUGCAGAAAGCCAGAGCAUCACAGGGGAUAGUGGAAUCGACUCCCCGAGGACCCGCGUGAGUCUGGCCACCAACAACACAGUGAUUCUGGAGGGUCUGAAGAAGAGAGGCUUCUUGCAGAACUUGGAGAAGCUGCAUUCCAAGAGCAGCACUAUACGGCCACAGAGCUCCCUGCUGCAGCUCACCCCCGUUAUGAAUGUAUAGUGAGGGCUCGGGGCCUCUCCGUCUGCCCCGUCAGGGGAGUGGGGCUAAUUGUUUCUGAAUGACUCCCCCGUCACAACACAAGACUCACCCAGUGGCCUGGAUGCAAGGCGUAUUAUGUACAUAUGUGUAAUUUCGUUUUGUACAUGAUGUAAUGCAAUAUAUUCUAAUAGCCGCAUGUAUACAGAGCAAAUGAUCUUGUGUGGUUUAUAAUGUAGGAGCUAUUUACUGCUCAUUGAACGUUUUUUUUAUUCAGUGUCUGGAAAAUAGGAUUCGUCCAAGCAUUAGAUUUGUCUUGUCAAAUAAUCCAAAAAUAAAUCAUUAAUGUAAAAAUACA